AUGGUUUCUCCUUUCAGUAUGCCUUUCAUAGCUCAAACUAGUGGUUUUGUUAACUAUUCUCAAGUUUUUAUCACUCAAACCAUCGCAAAAAGGUAUCAUGCUCUUAUUCCGACAAGCAAUAUGGUCAUUGUCCAAAAUGAUAAUGAUCGUGUCAACCGUUUCAUGACUUCUUAUCCACCAAUUUUGAAAUCUACAGUUAACCCCCCAAAUGAUUUUGAUAAACAGUAUGAAACCUUCACACCUAAACCCAUCGAUUUCUUUUGUUCGCAACAAGACUAUGCAUGUCGUCAGCAUUUGGAUAUAUUUUCAUCCUCCCCAAAACACUAUCAUGAGCAAUAUGUUCAUAAAAAUGGUCGGUCGGUGAAAUAUAUCUGUAAACCAACAGAGGUCCUUGAAGAAAUUCAUGACGAAAUCGAUUAUGAAAAAGACGGUGGUUGGAUAUAUAGCCUGCCGUUUGAGAAAGACAGUUCAUUUAUAUGUCUAAAGUGCAAUAGUUUGUUUGAUACUUCACAAAUGUUGGUUGUACAUACAGAGUUAAUUCAUUCUAAGAAUGAGACUAAGAAAAGGCUUAAAUUACAUCAUCAAGAAUUCCAUGGUAAAUCUCAUAAGAUCAACAAAGAUCAAACUGGAGGACAAAGUUGCAGAAGAAAGUUGAGGCAAUAGAGACGAUCAAGUGAUUAUGAAACUCCC